AUGGACCACCAAGCCGUUGCUCGGUUUACAAGAAUGCGCCGCCGCUGUCUCGGUCGCAGAGUUUCCACUGCUGCGUCUCCCACCGCUCACAACUUCAGCUUCAGUGGCUGUGGGUUCCUGAUUCCGUACCACUUGGGCGUAGCACAGGAACUGCAGGAUGCCGGCUAUAUCCAGUCCCGCUCGAGGUUUGCUGGAGCUUCUGGGGGUGCAAUUGCUGCUUUGGCGUUGGCUGCCAACGUCAGUAUGGACGACAUCCACGAAGAGACAAAAGCCAUGGCCCGACUCUGUCGUAGCCACGGCACUUUCUGGAAACUUGAGGACCGACUUCGCACCGUCUUUCACGCCAAAUUUGGUGAUUUACCGGUGGAGUCGUUGACGCACAGUCGCCUGACGAUCGCUACAAAGAAAAUGUGGCCACGUCAUGCUACUUGCCUUGGUACGUGGGCCCGACGAGGCACUACGCUGUUCCGAGGCGAGUACCAAGUGGAUGGAGGUCUUAUCACGUUAGUGCCGGAAGUGCAGAACUACACGAAGGUGUGUGUGUUUCCUGGAACUAUUAUGCGCCGCAAAGACUAUGACAUUAGUCCGUCGAUCGAUCCAGAUUUUCCCUUUUCGUUCUUGGAGUUGCUGCGCUUUGCUUUGUUUCCACCGGAAACUGAUGUGCUGGAUCAAUUGUUUGAUUUGGGAAGACAUCGGCGAGGAUUUGGGCAGAGAAGCAAACAGCGCAAGUGGAAGGAUGUACUGAUGUAA